AAUCUGCUUUCGCUCCUUUCCACAGAUGACGCCAAUCCUGUGGCCUCUGGCAACGGCUCAUCUCGCACUGCCAGUCGCAGGAAGAGGACCAGCUUCUCCAAAGAACACGUGGAGCUGCUGCGCGCCACCUUCGAGACUGACCCAUACCCUGGAAUCACCAUCAGAGAGAACCUGUCCCAGACCACAGGCCUGCCCGAGUCCCGCAUCCAGGUAAAUAUUUACCCUCGUGGACUUUGUACGUCUUCCGCUGUUGCUGUAAUGGAGUGCUUUAGCUGUAGCUCACGUAUUUUUCCUUCAUUUCCCGUCCAGGUGUGGUUUCAGAACCGAAGAGCUCGCACCCUAAAAUCAAAAGGAUCCAGCAAAGACCAGUGCCAGUCUCAGAUCCCAGCGGACAGUUCACAGGCUCACCACCACACACAGGCCUUCGCACCUCAAAUGCAGCAGGUGUUUAACAAUGGACAGUUUCCUCCUGCCUUCAAUGCCACCGGAGCAUAUGGACAGUGUGGAGCCGCGUAUGGGAUUCAACCAGGAAGCUCAAUGGGCAAUAACCCCAGCUCAGGCCUGUGGGAAUACAUGCCUCAGCCAGGCUGCCAAAACUCCACUGGGGUUCCUGCAUGGCAUCAGCCUCCCAUGGAGAUGGUAAGCUACAACUCAAGCUCCAGCCAGGCCGCCUCCAUGUACCCAAGUUCAGACAUACAUGAGCUCCUUCAAAUAUUCAAAGCAGACACUCCUGAUUCUGGAUUCUUCAACAGCAGCCAAGAGAGCAGCCCAACGGAUUGUCUGGAAGUUCCGAGUUCGCAGAUGGGGAGUAUUCCGACUCCAGCACCUCUUGAGUACGGCAGGGAUGCAGGACAUCCGCCAGUGGUCCAGGAUAUCUCACUGCCAGUGCUGUCAUUGCAAGAUAUCAUAUGGGAGCUGAAUGAGGAAUGGAUGGGAGGAAAUGGACUGGACAACGGAGUCACUGGAGAGGAGCCCCCUUACUACUGAUGGCUAUGAUGAGUAUUUUUAAUGGCUCAAGUGUUUAACGUAGGAUCAAUAGUUUCAAAAUAUUUUUUAAAAGGCCAUGUUUUUGCAGUAUUUACUGCACAUUUUUUGAUUUUUUUUUUG